AUGCACUGCAAGCUCUCCAUGGCGCCGGCCAUGCUGGGCUGCCUGGCCUGGCUCACCACUCUAGCAUCAGCUCAAGCCUCGCUGCCUGCUCUUGCGCCUCGCCACCAUGACCCCAAAGACAACGCCCCCAUUCUUCUCGAUCCAACCAAGCUGCCUCUUUGCUUUGGCUCCACGGGCAACCGGAGCCUUAUGCAGCAGGAGCCGCUUCGCUGGCCCGUCAAAGGCUCGCCCGUGGCCCUGUUCACGCACGAGCACUCCAGCAUCUGGGAGUUCCGCGUCGUCCCCCAGUCCCAGAUCAACGUCGUCAAGCAGGGCUGGCAGGCCAUCGCGCCGCUAGUCAACCAGACGGGCGCGGGCGAGUGCUGCAUCACGCGCGUCAUCGGGCAGGAGCCGCUGCUCGACCUCAGCUCCGUCGUGCAGGUCCACCAGCACAUCAACGACACCCACUCGUACCACCAAUGCGCCAUCGUCCGCUUCGUCCGCGCCCCGCCCGACCCCACGCCCGGCUCGUGCGUCACCGGCGACACCGUCGAGGCCUCCUGGGCCCUGGCCUUCUCACCGGGGCACGACGGCGGCGGCGGAAGCCACGGCAGUAGCCCGGACGGCGAGCCGACCCUGCCAGUCGUCCCGGCCGGGCUCGAGAGCGGCAACUGCCCGCGCAUGGAAGACGUCGAGCCGGCCGACCGCGUCGCGCGGUCCUACGUGGUGCUGGGGAGCGCCACCGACAACCCCUGCGUCAUGCUGCUUCACCCGAUGGACCCGGAGCACCUCGCUGACGAGCUAUCGCGCAUGGUACCGUCGGGUGCCGCGAAUCCGGUGAGCGGCACGCUGUUGGGACCCUGGACUCUGGGCGUCGCUCUGGCAAUCUUGAUGUAG